UGCGGCCCGGGGUUCACUUGAGGCAACGCCAAAGCUGACAACUUUCACCUGCAUGUUUUUUUUGUCAUCGAUAGGGCACUUUUUUAUUUUUUUAAAAUCUGCUUAGUGCCUGCAUGCUGGGUCAAAUGGCGUAACAUAAAUAUUCAGUGUGUUUUCUUUUCUUCUUUUUUUUUUACUCCUUUUGUAACAUGUCGUGGUCACGUCAAACGGCGGCGUCAAGCUAGCUAGAAUUAGCCCACAGGACUUCAAAAUAAAAGCGAGGAAAUUGCCACUGUUGGAUAAACACUCAGGCUCCAGUAUGCCGAAGGAACAGCCUUUUUUGAGUGAGCACAGUCUUAGUGCUACACCCAGCAAGAAUGCUAAAAAUAAGAGCAACAGUAUGACACUGUUGGCAAUGCGUGAUACUAAAGAUGCAGACAACUCUAGUGGAAGGGGCUCCCGCUGCAGUUCAGAAAAGGACUCUGGUUAUUCAGACGUCUCAGACUGGCAGCAGACAGAUGUGGAGGACCAGCAGAGCAACAAAAGCCAGACCAGAGGCAGUGAACGUGCAGAAACUGCACAGCCGGGUCAAACCAAAGACCCGGACCAAGGGAAUCCUGGGAAUCCUAACCUGAUGCCAGCAGGCCACGCACUUCCACCUAUCUACAUUAUCAAUAACUUGGUGAUUAAGCAGGUAAGACAGCAGCCUAGCUUGUUGCCGGUCACCCUCCAGCUCCACAAGUCCUCGUCUCGCAAGUCCAACGCCACAGAGAAGAAGAAUAAUGGCACUUACCUGCCCAUUCUCAACUCCUACCCCCGCAUUGCGCCACACCCCAGCAAGAAGCCGCCUGAUAAAUCUUUAUCGAAUGAUGAGUCACAGAAUCUGAGUAAGAGAGUGUGCACAGAACGCAAGAAUGACAACAUACAUGUGACCAAGCAUUUACCUGAGAAGCAGCUUUAUAAACAACCCAAAAUAGCAGUUGUAGCCUCUGGGCUGCCAUGUCCCUCUUCACCCGGAGAUAGUCAGUCCUCCUCCAGUCUGACUAAUGUCUCUUCGAGUCAAGGCUCUGCAUCUGGGUCCACUCUUUACACCGCCUCCUCCAUCUUUCCAACCAGAGAACUUGACAGAAACGGCACCAACAGUGCUCGCCAACGCCGUUUCCUCAACACUGUAGAAAUCCUCAAACAAUCAGGUCUGUUGGACAUUACGCUGCGCGCAAAGGAGCUGCUGCGCCAAAGCAAUGCUACGGAGCAGAACAUUGCCCAGCUCCGCCAGCACACAGAGCUACUGUGCCAGGCUGCCAGCAACCCCAGCUGCAGCCUGGGCGGCAUCACAGCCUGGGAUCAUCUUUACAGAGCCAUGGCCGAGUCUGGCAACUACCCCAACCUUAAAGUCCUGCGAAAUGUACAAAUCCCAUGUCCUCCAGGUUCAGCUAAUCAACCAGUGAGUAUUUCCACAAGUGGCGCCGAUUGGCCACAAGCUGCUGAGAGCUCAGAGGUGCCGCCAUCUCGCCUUGUCACUACUAUACCGGAUCCAACCUCAGAACAAAGCAGGGACCUUGAGGCCAGAGUUGAAUCCUCAGAGAAAGUCACCUUUAUGUCUCCUGACAGUUCUACCGGUUAGCACAAUCUGCAGUGCCUUUACAGGGAGAGCGAGCACUCAGGGCUAUUUUUGGAUAUUAUGUGUGGUUUUAAAGCAACAAUACCUUGUAUUCUCCUUUUGUGCAGUUAAGCAUACAGCAGCACAGAAAUAUAUUCAUGUUCUGAAUAUAUAUUACCUGUGAUUAAUUACUAACAAGUUGACACCCUUAAGUCUAGCUUUGUGUCCGUCUUGCAGCUUUUUAUUUCGUGAAGCUCGCUAAAAGCAAGUCCGAACCUGGUCUACUGCCCACUCGCCUGGCUCCAGGGUUGGCGUGACAUGUGCGACACUCCCUAGUUUUAUAGGGAUUGCGCAAAACAUCUAAACAUCAGAUAAAUGUGAGUCCAACAAUGGCUUGAGGUUAGUACUCAUUGUACAUGUUACAGUACAAGUUUGUUUCCACUUGGCUCACAUGCUUCACCAGAAUUAAGUGUUUGAGAUCUGAAAGCUGGUCCCUAAUGAAUCAACUAAAGUCCAAUUCAGUCCUAAGGCUCCAUCUUCUAUUACCACUGCAGACUUUAUAGAACCCCACAGACAAGUAGAGGGUCUCUGCUUGUGAGCCACUUAAAGUAUAAUGUGAAAAUAAAAUGUUUUUUCUGGGAGGCACAGGAAACUGACUUACUCACAUAUAGCACUACAGUAUAUAUUAUGAGCUAGUUUGGUUGUUUUGCUGUCACACGAAACCAACUUAAGUCAGAGAAAAUAUCUAUCUUCUGGUAAAUGCAUGUUGCUUUCUUAUAUCCCCCUGGCACUUAAAGAAAACUCACAGCAGUGGAAGCACAACAAACUGCAUUACACUGGACUGCUACAAGUACUGCUUUCCAAAUGCUCAUCAACAGCGCCUUAAAAACUCUUUUUCACUUUUUUUUUACAUUACCAGUGCAUGAACAGAUAAUCAUGUUCAUCAUUUUACAGCGCACAGCUCAGAGUAAUGUAAGAUUCAACCACAGACUAAAUUCAACACAGCAACUCCAAGAUGAUCAAUAAUACAGUCUCCUCUCGUUUAGCUGCAUUGUUGUCCGUUUUCACAUGGAUGAAAUGAUCUUCUAUGUUAUGUGUUCAUCUGUUUUAGUCUGAAAUGGAGCACAGUUCGAGAGGGUGAGUUAAGUAUAAUAGUAUGA